AUGAUGGAUUCUCUCUCGACGCGCUUCCAGCACCUCCUGAUCAUUGACCCCAUCAUACUUCAAACUUCUCAGCCUUCCUGGCCUUAUCUCCCCGUCGAGCUCAUCCAACGCAUUCUCGAAAAAGCUUGGACUUCACCCCUGACCGGAGAGGAGGUGACCAGCAUGCUCACUUCCCUACCCCUCGUCAGCAAGACGUUUCUCGCUAUCUACAAUCGACUCGCUUUUAGAGACGUACAUGUUGCCACCGAAGAUUACUCUGAUCGCUUUCAACCCCUUUUGAGCUCGCGUACCCCAGAAAAGGAGGCCUACUGUGAAGCUCACCCUCUCCUAUCCAUACCGUCGCCGACAACAAUCAACUCUUUAUGUCGCAGUAUCACCUUUCACAUCCCAGGUCUUGGAGGUUAUCCCGGCAAGGAUCCCAUUCAGCUCUAUAGCGAAAACCAUCCCAUGGGACAAGCCCUCUCCGGGACUCUCUACCAGCUCAAGCGCCUCCCUUGGCUCCCCUCUCUCCGACACAUAACCAUCGAGUACACCAAUUGGGGAUACAACGACAUCUUUGAUCAGGACCGCCUCCUUGAUUUACCACUGCGCGUAUCCACUCUCGAGCUUCGCUAUCUCUUCACGGCCAACAUAGGAAAGCGCUCCAUCCGCGGUCUAUCAAAUCGCUAUUUCGGUCGCCAACGCUGGCGCAGUGGACAUUACUCUCUGCCAGGCGUCCGUGAGCUUAUAGUAUCAGGGGAUUGUCUCGACAUCGUCGUCGACGUCGCGCACAUGUGCCCGACUCUGAAAGUGCUUGAGGUGGACGAGCUCAAGGGUAUCUCCGUUCUGGCGCCGCUUCCACCGAGCGUGCACACGCUCGUGCUCCGCAGCGGACGCGGGUUCAUACUGAAUGACGAUAGUCUUCAGGAAAUGCAGCUCGAGCGCGCACUGAAGAACAAGCUAUUCGGCUCAUCUGAACAUCCGCGCAUCAUCCUAGAGUCAGCAAGUGUCGACCCAACGGUGUUCAACUAUACCGUGAAUCUAUGCCAGAACCACGACAUUGAACUCAUUCAUCGCUCUCUAUACGUUUAA